CAAAAGUCGCUCCGCACACACUCACUCACUCUCUCUCCUCCUUUUGCCUCUCGCACGGGAGGCAGCAGCGAAGCGAAGCUAGAUCGAGGGGUGAUGCGCACGGGGAGGUUAUUUUGAGCCGGAAGGGAGAGGAAUGGGGAAGCUAGGUUGCUGCUGAGGGAUAUGUUAUGCGAGGGCGAUGGAGCGGCGCGGGGGCCGGCGAUGGCGCCGCUGAGGGCGGCGACGGCAGCGGAAGCAGUGAGAGGGGAGGUUAGAUGGCGGCAUUUUGACAACUCAGUGAACGCCAUCUCGUUUGGGUUCGUGGCCACCGCCGUUCUCAUCUCCAUGUUCCUCGUCAUGGCCAUCUUCGAGCGCUUUCUGCGCUCGAGGUCGCCGCUCGCGGAAGAUGGCAGGGUAGGCGGCGGCGAUGCCGACUUUUGGGAGGCGGAUGGAGUCGUCGCCGGAUCCGGAGGUGCAUGCCAGCAAGAUGGAGUACUCGUCCCAUCCCCUAAGAACUCAGCAAGUGUUCCUCCGGCAUUAAACACAAGGCUAUCACCUCUUCCUCCAGAACCUGCUGAUUUCUACAAUGACCGCCUUGGUGCAACAAUAGAUAUUCCCAUGGAUACAACAAAGGAUCUCAAGAAAAAGGAGAAGGAACUACAGGCCAAGGAAGCCGAGCUCGAUAAGAGGGAAAAGGAUCUUAAACGUAGAGAAGAUGCUGCAGCACGAGCUGGUAUUGUAAUAGAGGAACAAAAUUGGCCACCUUUCUUUCCAAUUAUUCAUCAUGAUAUUGCAAAUGAGAUACCAAUCCACUUACAAAGAUUGCAGUACUUUGCGUUCGCAUCGCUGUUAGGAUUAACUGUAUGCCUGUUUUGGAAUAUUCUAGCAGUUACUGCAGCUUGGAUUAAGGGAGAAGGUGCCACAAUCUGGUUCCUUUCCAUCAUCUACUUCAUUUCAGGUGUACCAGGAGCUUAUGUAUUGUGGUAUAAGCCUCUUUAUCGUGCCAUGAGGACGGAAAGUGCCUUGAACUUUGGAUGGUUUUUUCUAUUUUACCUGCUUCAUAUUGGUUUUGUGAUCUAUGCUUCCGUGGCUCCUCCAAUUAUUUUCAAGGGAAAAUCAUUGACAGGAAUUUUGCCAGCGGUGGAUAUCAUCAGUGAGCAUGCCCUAGUUGGGAUCUUUUAUUUCAUUGGAUUUGGUAUGUUCUGCCUUGAAUCACUGCUCAGUGUCUGGGUUAUUCAGCAAGUGUACAUGUACUUCCGAGGGAGUGGAAAAGAAGCAGAGAUGAAGAAGGAGGUAGCACGGGGAGCUUUAAGAGCAGCGAUAUGAUUUAUUGCAUCAUUUCUUAUCUGGAUUGUGUGUAAUAUCAGGCAAAUCAAUCUUUUUUUUUUCAAUGUUCAUGCAAAUUGGAGCUCUCGCUAGUCCCAUGUGACUUGGGCCUUCUCUUUGAACCAUAUUUUCAUAUUUGUACACUGAAGCCAUUGGAAACACUACUACAGUUUCUCAUACUGAACAAUACUUUUUCAUAAAGUGAACUGAGAUGCAACUAGCAUCUUGUAGAUUGUAUCGAAGAUAGAACUUGAUGUGGCAUUCACUUGAAGAUCAUUUUGUUCGA